GGCUCCAAGAUGGCGGACGAGUCUGGGGGCGGCGGUGGGACUCGGCGCGGAGCAGGGGAGCGGGACGAGGAGGGGGCGGCGGCGGAGCGGGGCCCGGGCGCGGCCUAUCACAUGUUCGUGCUGAUGGAGGACCUGCUGGACAAGCUGAAGCUGCUCAGCUACGAGGAGGAGGCGCUGAGGCGCCACAACAUGCGGCCUCUCUCCAGGCACUACUUCGCACUGCCCACUAAUCCCGGUGAGCAGUUCUUUAUGUUUUGCACGCUUGCUGCUUGGCUGAUCACUAAGGCGGGACACCCCUUCGAACAGCCACAAGAAUAUGACGACCCCAACGCAAUAAUCUCAAAUGUGCUCUCAGAACUGCGAUCGUUUGGAAGGCCUGUGGAUUUUCCUCCCUCAAAAUUAAAGGCAGGCUAUGGAGAGCAAGCAUGCUAUGUUCUUGAUUGUUUAGCUGAAGAAGCCUUGAAAUACACUGGCUUUAGCUGGAAAAGGCCAGCAUAUCCAACAGAAGAGCUAGAAGAAGAAGAAGUAACAGAAGAUGAUGCAGAACUGACGCUUAAUAAACUAGAAGAGGAUGUUGAGGAAGAAGAGUCGGACAAUGAAGAAAAUUUUAUUGACCUGAACAUUCUAAAGGCACAGACAUACAGAUCGGACAUGAAUGACGCUGCAAAGCAAGAACAAAUUUUACAGUCCACGAUAGAUGCAGCAGAGUGGAAUCUGGAAGUGGAACGUGUGCUUCCACAGCUGAAGGUUAUGGUCAGGACUGACAAUAAGGAUUGGAGGAUUCAUGUAGAUCAAAUGCAUCAACAUAAGGAUGGAAUUGAAUCUUCUUUGAAAGAAACUAGGGGUUACCUUGACAAACUCCAUAAUGAAAUCAGCAGGACAUUGGAAAAGAUCAAUAGCAGGGAAAAGUACAUCAACAAUCAGUUGGAGCACUUGGUUCAAGAGUACCGUUCAGCACAAGCCUUGCUGAGUGAGGCUAAAGAGAAGUACCAGGAGGGGAGUGGAGGAGUAACUGAAAGGAUUAGAGUGCUUUCUGAGAUUACAGAAGUAUUAGAGAGAGUAAAGCAAGAAACGGAGGAGAAAGGAAGCAGUAUGACUGAUGGAGCUCCUCUAGUGAAGAUUAAACAGGCCUUAACAAAACUGAAGCAAGAAACCAUUCAAAUGGACAUACAAAUUGGUGUCAUGGAACACACGUUACUCCAGUCAAAGCUGAAAGAGAAAUCCAAUAUGACCAGAGAUAUGCAUGCAACGAUGAUUUCAGAAGCCACAGUAGGUGCCUAUUAAAAUUAUUUGGAGCUGACUUGGUUUGCUCAAAAUACAGUUUUCUACCAUUUGCUUUUUUGUUAGUUUAGAGGUAUCCUUUUUCUUGGGACUUUCUUUUUUCUUGUUUGUUUUUAACAAAAUGCUUGUCAUGCGUUUUUAAGAAGUAUCACGCACACUUUGGAUUCAAUGUAGAGCCAUGUUUAGUUUUCUGCUGUAAAGAUUUACUGCAGAUCCCUUCCAAAUGUACUAAUAAAUUGCUAUUAAUGAACAUGUCUCUACUUCAUUGGAGAAUGUUGUUUAGUGUGAAAGUCUAUAGAAUGAUGCUGACAGCCUGUAAUCUUGAUAUGCUACAGUGCUGAAAGAAAAUUGCUUGCAAAGGACUUGAAAGGAAUUUAAUAUGUCUGUCAUUGCCAUUUACAUACAUUUAGUACAAAGUAUUUAAUUGCUGAUAUUGAAAUGAUACAGCAUUACCCUUUCUAAAAGGCUGGGUCAAAAUUGGCAUCAACUGCAAGUAAAAGUAAAUUAUUGCUCUGAACUGAAGUUUAUGAAUUAAGCAAUAAGCUAAUGUUUCAAUAAUAUUGUCAUGCUCCUAGUGCAUCCCUACACAAAUUUGUGAAUGGACAACCACCCUAUUCCUCACUUGGUUUUUUGGGGGGUAGGAGAGGGGGAGUGGUCCUCUAGAUGGUAUAGAUAUUUUUUGAAAUUAUUUUUACAUUGUCUCUAACAGAAGCAACGAUACAUAAGACCAAAGGAUGUGGAAAGUACUGUUUGGAAACUACUGUUGGCUUUCUAAUUUUUUUUCCAUGUGUCAUGAUUGUUUCAGAGUCACUUUAUGUUAGCAUUGAGUCAAAUGCUGCUUUCAUUUAUAGUAUGUAGUAGAGCUCCGUGGACAUCAUUUGGAUUACUCUUGUUUCCUGUUCUUGUGUUAGAACACCUAAUUUUGAUUUCUGUUAAGGAAAAAUGUUGCCAAAUCUAUUUGUGUAAUAUGGAAUGAGAAGGAAAAUAAAUGUAGGAGGAAGGAGUUGGAAAUGUAAUGGAACAGGAAGCUCCCUUGGUCUUGGUAGAUGCGUAGGUAGGGAGUGAUUCUAGCUGUUACUGGUAAUGAAGGAGCGUGGAACAAAGCAAUAACCUUAUUAAAGUACUAGUACGGCCUUUUGGUCACCAUUAUUCAUAAGCCAUGGACAAUAUCAGUACAAUUCCAGUGAAAUCCUCCCCUAACUUCCGGCAGCAACUCCAUUCAUCUUACAAUUAAUUUCUCUCUAUUAAGGGUGAGCAGUAUUUUGCAGAAUCAGGGGAUCAGUUCUGUGUCUGAAAGUCAAAACACUUGACACAGUCAGUACCAUGAGCCAGUUUCUUAAUUUUGUUGUGCUUCAGUAUUUCAUUUGCCAAAAAGAAAAAGACCUAAACCCAUCAGAGUUUAAUAACUGAAAAGCUAUAUGUAAAUGUCAACUGUUAUAAUUUACCUGUGCAAGCAACUGCUGAAAAUCUCUAUGAAUCACACUGGAAAUCAGUUUCCAGCUUCUUUUGCUGCCUACCUAUAUCCUCCCACAUUCAUCUUAAAUUAGAAAAGUUAUUCAUGUUCCCUUUGUUAGGUGGUGUUGCUACUGCAUAUUUACUUUAACUGUGGGUUUACUUAAGAUAAAGCAAUUCCCUUCUGCGUUGCCUGCAAAGCAGCUCACUGAGGCUUUUGGAUUGCAAAUGUUGUGCUGUAUAAAUGCUGUUUAUGUAAAUACUUUCCUCCUCCCUCAUGCUAAUAAAGCAAACACAAUUAAUCAAAAAUCUUCCCUUAUGAAUAGAGCCUCUUAUUCUAUUAGAAGUGAAUCUGUUGAGACAAGCAUGGCCAAAACCCCUCUAAUAUGGUAGAAGAAUCUCCAGAAGACAAGCUAUCCUCCUUUAUGCCAAAGUAAUUCUAAAAUAGUGUGCUAAUUAUAAUUAAUCUACAUUAUUUUUCACGGUACUGUCUGAAACUGUGUUAAUCUAAGCAGGACACUUCUGUUGUCUCAAGAGUGAUACACAGCCCUUAAUUGUUAUCUGGCAAAGAAAGCCAUUUGCCCAUUUAGACAGUAAAAUUACUUGACCCCACUCUGAAGGUGGUCUUACUGAUCCAGGAAGUGGCAACACCACCUGCCUUAAAAGCAUGAGGAGAGCAAUGAGGUCUGUCAGAAGCAGCCUGAAAGGCUGUUCCAAAAAAAAAGUUAUUAUCUGUGUAAUUAUUGCAGUGCUGGAUCAAUGCAGGCAGCAGAAACCACAUUAAAAUUAAAUCACUCAA